AUGGUUGACUCGCCCCAUCACGUCCAUUUCGACCAGGCGGUGAUAAACGACGGGCUGCACGAUAACAGCAUUAUCUAUCAAGUUGCCCCAGAUGGAACGUCCCUGACCGUACACCUGGGAUUUCUGCAGAUAAAUCAUCGCUACCGCAUAGAGUUGAGUGUGCCGGCACAGGCAGUAAGAGAUGCGGGUUUCACGGCCGAGGGCAAUAGCGCUUUUGUUGCACAGGAUGUAGUCGUACCGAACGUGCAUUGCAGGCUGCUGGACUUUCCUUCCCGUACCGUAGAUGUGAAAGGCGUGGAACACUUUGCUGUAACUAUCGAGUUUUUCGCCCACAAGGAGAAGCUGUUGAAGGAACAUUUGCAUUUAUGCGGUAAAGAAGAGUCUAAUCGGCGGUUGGAAUUGAUCCUGGUCGCCCGAGUGUUGGGCAAGGGCAAAGGAACGCCAAUGCUCCGCAAUGGGAUCCAUUGCAUUGGGGUGGAGAAAACGGACGAAGAAUCGGAAAUGUCCGAUUGGCAGGGAUUUUCUAAAGAAAAGUAG